AUCAUCAUCGCUCCCUUUCUUUGGCAUCGUACGGAACAACCUGUAAAGCGCACGCUGUCUGGACGCUUCUUUUGUAUAAACUCCCUCGGUGUAUUAUUUUAUCGCAAUCGCUGCCUUAAAAUUCCCCAAAGCAGGCAAGCAAGCGAGCGACCGCAGAAUCGAAAUAAAGCGAGAAAGAAAAAGGAAGAAGAAGAGGAGGAGAAGGAGAAGGACAGGAUUGGAAAAAACCGCGCGCCGACCCACCCAUACCAUUGGUCCUCCUCGUGGGCCCCAGCGCGAUUUGGCGACCCGGUUUAAACGCCCCAAUUUAUGCACGCAUUUGCUCGCUCUCGUGGAUAUUUAUUGACGGCACGAGUAUAAAGAGAGGGCGGAGUGCGCGAACCCGCCGAAGCAUUCAUGGCUUCUUCGCUUCGGUUCCAAUAAAUUUCGAUUCCUUUCCUCUUCCGUUUCCCGAUCGAUGUAAAGAGAGAGGUGCUGCGAGGCGAGUACGGAUGCCGGUUGAUGCGGUGGAGAAGAAUAGAUUGGUGGAUGGGUGCCCCCUCGCUCAAUGCCGCGAGAAGGAUUUUAUUUGUAUAGCAUAUGUAUCGGCAAUCUCGUUAGACGAUUGAGACAAGCAACGAGAUUUGUCCUCUGAUGAUGGAAAAGAUGAACGGGCUUGAGGUGUCUCAUAGUUGGGAAGAUAGAAAAGAAAGAAGAUCUGAUGCGGAGAACUCUGAGGAUGAAAGACGAAGAUUAAGUAUUGGAGCUUUAAAGAAAAAGGCACUGAGUGCUUCUUCUAAGUUCACACAUUCUCUCAAGAAGCGAGGGAAGAGGAGAGAUGUUAAUAGGACUUCUUCUGUUUCAAUCGAGGAUGAUAGGGAUUUGGAAGAGGAGCAUGAAGUAUACACAUUCCGCAAGGGGCUAAUUUCUAGGGACUUGUUGCCUGAUAAACAUGACGACUAUCACAUGCUGCUCAGGUUUCUGAAAGCUAGAAAAUUUGAUCGUGAGAAAGCAACUCUUAUGUGGGCAGAUAUGCUUCAGUGGAGAAAGGAAUUUGGAGCAGAUACAAUUUUGGAUGACUUUAAGUUUGAGGAGCUGGAGGAAGUCUUGCAACAUUAUCCUCAGGGCUAUCAUGGAGUUGACAAAGGAGGAAGGCCUGUCUACAUUGAAAGGCUAGGAAAGGUGGAGCCCAAUAAGCUUAUGAACAUCACCACAGUUGAACGAUACAUAAAAUAUCAUGUUCAGGAAUUUGAGAAAGCAUUUCAUGAGAAAUUUCCUGCAUGCUCUGUUGCAGCAAAAAGGCACAUUGACACAACAACCACAAUUCUGGAUGUGCAUGGUGUGGGCUUGAAGAAUUUCAGCAAGACAGCAAGAGAGCUAUUGCUUAAAAUGCAGAAAAUUGAUGGAGAUUAUUAUCCUGAGACUCUACAUCAGAUGUUCAUUGUCAAUGCCGGUCCUGGCUUUAGGUUGCUAUGGAAUACUGUAAAAGGUUUUCUGGAUCCAAAGACGACAGCAAAGAUACAUGUAUUGGGAACUAAAUACCAAGGUACAUUACUUGAAGUCAUUGACUCAAGCCAACUUCCAGAAUUCUUGGGCGGCAUAUGUACAUGCUCUGGUGAAGGUGGCUGUUUGAUGUCUAACAGAGGACCAUGGAAGGAUCCUCACAUUAUGAAAUGUGCAUAUAAUGCUGAAGCAGUGUUAUUGAGGCAUACUAGAAGAAUGUCAGGUGGCGAAGAGGUCUUUGCUGGCUCAUGUCUUUCAAAGGGAAGAAAUAGUAGUACAUGGACACUUGAAUCUGGAUCUGAUGUUGAUGAUCUUGUUUCUAGAUCUGUUGAGUAUAGUCGUUUAGCCCCAGUUCAUGAAGAAAUCAAAGCAAGAGAUUCAGCAGCAUACUAUAGUUGUGAUGAUCAUUUUGUUGUGGUCGACAAAGCUAUAGAUUGUGGUGGAAGAGGAGCAACUUCUUGCAAGAGAUUAUCUAAUUUUGGAAAUCAAGGAAGGACUUCAUAUAGUAUUUCAACAUCAAAUCCACAAGAUAAUUUAAGCAUUGGAAAUCACAUUUUCCUCCGGAGAGAUUCAGGAGAAACUAAGUUUCAGUUUCUUGGAAAAUUGAUAAUAGCUUUUCUAGUUAAAGUUCUAUCAUUUAUCCAUGUGAUUGGCUUUAAAGAAGGGAGAUUGAACAACAGCCGUCCUUCAGAUGUUCAACGAAGAUCAACCGAGAAAAUCAUUGAAGAUCAAUUGACUCCUGUUUUAGAGCGACUGCAGAGGCUAGAAAGUAUGUUAGAUGAGGUCACCAAUAAACCCACUCAAAUCCCUUUUGAGAAAGAGCGUGCCCUACUUGAAUCUUGGGAUCGAAUAAAACAUGUUGAGUUUGACCUCGAAAAGACCAAAAAGGUAUUACAUGCUACAGUCAUGAAGCAGCUACAAAUUGUCGAGUCAUUAGAUGCAAUGAAGAAAUCAAGCGUUCGGAAAAGAUCAUUCUGCUGAUCCUUCAAGGCUGUUCGAGCAAGUUGAAACAAUGACAUAGUUGUAGCAGAAGAAAGAGGCUUCUCCAGGAAUCGCAGGCCAAAAGUAACAUCAAGCUAUCUCAUGUCCCGAAGUUAUUUUUGUUUCUUCGAGGGAGAGACUGGUGUGAAUUCUGGAUGGGAAUUAGUCAUGAACAGUCCUUGAUCGUGAGUAAAGCAAGGGGGCAUUGAAAGAAAAUAGCUGGUGAAGUUUUUCAUUUGUAAUGCUCUUUACCACCUCUGUUAAAUGACUUGGCAUUUCACGCAAAUGUUAUGGUUUGGUUAACAUGUAUCAUAGCUUUGAGUGGACUAAGUGAUUGUGUUCUAAUCAACAAAUAUAACACUUUGUUCAGAAGCUUUACUCAUGCUUUGAAACUAUUGUUUGUCAGAGGCAACAGAAAAGGAGGCCAUGUAACUAUUGAAAUUCACUUACUAGAUUGACUUGUUUGAUUUUUCA